UGAAAGAUGAUGCCAAUUUCAAUCUUGACCAAUGGCAAAAAGAACGUGAAAAAAAUACUGAAUUAAGUGUUCGUCAUCAAGAAACAAUAAAAGCAAUGAAUGAGCAAAAAUCAUUUAUGCUUGAAACUAAUGAAAGAUUGAAAGAACAAUUCGAAGCAUUAUCAGCCCAAGUUUUAAAAAAGAAAAUAAGAGAAGGUGCAUACUCAGAAAUUAAAGUUUUUUUAGAUGCUAUGAAAGGAACAACAGAAAAAUUACAAAAAGAAACGAACACUUUAGUUUCUGCUCUAAAAACCUCUCAUACAAGAGGUAAAUAUGGAGAGAUUGGUUUACGAAGAGUUGUAGAAUUUUCUGGAAUGUCAUCUUUUUGUGAUUUUGAAGAACAAAGUUCUGUACAGUCAGAUAAUGGUUUACUUCGUCCGGACUUAAUUGUAAAUCUUCCUGGAAAUAGAAAGGUAAUUGUUGAUUCCAAAGUUCCAUUAAACCAAUAUAUGCUUGCCUUUGAAACCGAAGAUGAAGAUAUUAGAAAACAUCAUUUAAAAAUGCAUGCAAAAGCAGUAAGAGAGCACUUAAAAAAUUUAAGUUCUAAAGCAUAUUGGAAUCAAUACAAGGAUGCACCAGACUAUGUUGUAAUGUAUCUACAAAUUGAAAGUUCAUUUGGAGCAGCUUUAGAGCUUGAUAGAACUUUGAUUGAAGAUGCUUUAAAUAAUAGAAUAAUUAUUGCUACUCCAACAACUUUAAUUACGAUGCUAAGAACAAUUGCUUUUAGUUGGCAACAAUUGAAUGUUGCUGAAAAUAUUUACCAAAUGAGAGAUGCAGGAAUAGAAUUAUAUAACCGAGUAAAUGUUUUAAUUCAACAUUUUUCAUCUGUAGGUCAUAAUCUUAAUCAAGCAACACAAAGUUACAAUAAAGCGAUUGGAUCUCUUGAAAACCGCUUUAUACCUCAGGUUAAAAAAUUAAAAGAAAUUGGUGGAAGUUUAAUGGAAAAAGAAAUUUCUGAGACAAAACCAAUAGACACAAUGAUUCGUACAAUAAAUAAUUCAAAUAUUGAAUAA